UCAAAUCGAUGGAUGGCAUCGUCCACAAAUCCUUAGCCACGGUUACCACUUGAACGUUGGACACCGACUGUUUUGUUUUGAAAAGGUGUGAUUUUAGCGUUUGAAAGAACAUUUUUUUUAUUUAAUUAAAACAUUAGACGAAGCCAGGUUAAAGGACAGGACAUGCGACUAAGACCAUCUCUGGUAGUUGAUUCUGUGCUGGCUUUGAUAGUUAUGUGCUCCUGGUACUACGUAAUUUUGUCAGGAAGGUUUGUCGCUUCGCAGUAAAUCAAACAUGCCAUUUUCUCUUGAAGAUGCCGCUGUACAAGUGCUGAAAUUUCAGGAUAGGCUACGGACACUAAAUUCGCUACUACAUGACAUCGAGGCGGAAAGAGAGACAGGUGAAAAAACACUUGACACAAUUUCGAAAACUCAGGAUAAAAUCACACAGGAGGGCAAGCUAACAUCAUACAAUCAGCAAAAACUGAAAAACCUUUACCACAAUGCUAUCAGAGAUGCAACGCAGGAAGAGGAGUUGCUGAGACAAGCUUUGACGACAAUUAAUGAAAUUAGAACAAUCUGUAAUGAGAGGCGGUUGCAAGCAAGAAAUGGCGGACACAGGGAAAUAUUUCACAAAGGCACUCUCUUAAAGUCAUUGCAAAUCUCUGCACAGACUCUUCCCCUCUGGGUUGGAAAGCCCGGUAUGAAACCGCCGCCUCUGUGUGGCGCAAUACCAGCAGAACCAUCGUACAUUGCGAAGCCAGGAGACAUGGUCGCUGCACUGGUUAAAAACGUUGAGGCUGAAGAAGGCGAAGAGGACUAUAAUUGGAUUCUUGCAGAAGUUGUGACAUACAACAGUGCAACGAAAAAAUAUGAGGUUGAUGACAUCGAUGAUGAGCAGAAGUUGAGACACACUUUGAGCAAAUCAAGGGUCAUCCCACUGCCCUUGAUGAGGGCAAAUCCAGCGACAGAUUCAAACGCUCUUUUCCCCAAAGGAUCUAUGGUCAUGGCCCAUUUUCCCCGUACGACGUGUUUUUACAAAGCUCUGGUCAACCAACUUCCCGAGACUACUACUGACGACUACGAGGUGCUUUUUACUGACAAAUCUUACCCCGGUGGUUAUGCUCCACCAUUGAAGGUUCCUCAAAGGUACGUUAUUGAUAUUAAGGAAAAACCGUGUAGUUUGGACGCUACAAGUUCAGACAGUGAAUCUGACUGAAACAAAAAGUCAUUUUGAUUUUGUAAUUCAUUUCUCUACAAUAUUCUAAACUUAACUUUAUGUAAAACAAAAGAAAGUUUUUAUUUUAUUUUAUCUUUUUAUGGAAUAUUGACCUUCAAUUGUAUAAUCUUUAUGAUUUUACGUUUAAAUCAAAUUUAUGUAAAAAAAUCAGGAAAAAUAAUAAAAUAUUAAUGAAGAAA